CCCCGUCUUUCUAAACUAAAGUUGGCACUUCCCUUGUAAACUUGUACCGAUCACCAAUAACCAUCGCUUCAUUGCCAAUGGAGCUCACUCAGAGUCAGCACAAUCACUCUGGAGCUAUUGUCAUCCUUCUCCUGGUAUUUUGUGGAUUUACUGUCAUGGAUAUUGUUGAUGCAGUUUGGUUCAACCACGGAGGCGACUUGAGUAACAGCAGAUCACGCUCCAUCGAAGAACCCUUGAUCAACCCCCUGCUUAUUUCCAAGUUGCGAUUGAAAUGGAAGUUUUUCACUGGAGAUGACACAACAGCAACGCCUGCAGUGGCUCAUGGUGUUGUCUACUUUCCUUCAUGGAAUGGAUAUUUGUAUGCAGUGAAUGCAUUCAGUGGUGCUCUUGUAUGGAGGCAGCAUCUAGGGGAGCUCACAGGGCUGAGUCCAGCAGGGGUUGUGGUGAAUGUAACUGUGUCAAGAACGACACCUGUAAUAGCUGGUCAUCUCCUUAUCAUAGGAAUAUAUGGCCCUGCAGUGGUUGUUGCCAUCAAUCGGUUUAGCGGGGCACUUGUGUGGUCCACUGUUCUGGAUACACGUCCUAGAUCUCAAAUCACCACGUCUGGAACCCCCUACUUAGAGGGUUUCUAUGUAGGUGUAUCAUCACUUGAGGUAACUCUACCGGCUGAACAGUGUUGCACUUUCCGGGGUAGCAUGGCGAAGCUAGACAUCCAAACUGGAGCCGUCCUAUGGCGAACCUAUACAAUUCCGGACAACGCUGGCAAACUGGGGGGUUAUUCGGGAGCUGCUAUAUGGGGCAGCAGCCCUGCAAUUGACACAAAGAGAAAUCUUGUUUACAUUGGAACUGGGAACCUGUACAAUGCUCCAACUGAGGUGCAACAAUGUCAAGCCAAUCGGAAUAAUCAAACAAUACCCUCUCAACCCGACCAAUGCAUCGCUCCAGAUGUCCACUUCGACUCCAUUCUGGCCUUGGAGUUAGACUCUGGAAAAAUCAGAUGGUUCCGACAAUUCGGAGGCUACGAUGUAUUUUAUUUUGUUUGCCUGGUGCCGAAUAACCCAGCUUGUCCGACUGGGCCUAACUUGGAUGCGGACUUUGGAGAAGCUCCAAUGCUGCUCACCAUAUUUCCAAAUGGCACCAGGCGUGACGUUGUGGUUGCUGUGCAGAAAAGUGGGUUUGCAUGGGCCCUAGAUCGAGAUACGGGUGAUAUAGUAUGGUUCAAUCUGGCAGGGCCCGGUGGUCUGGAAGGAGGAGGAGUGUGGGGUGCAGCCACAGACGGGAAAAGGGUGUACACUAACAUCGUGAAUAACGCGGGAGUGAGGUUCAGGCUGGCACCCUCCAACCAAACCACGACGUUCGGAGCAUGGGUAGCAUUGGAUGCAAAUACAGGAGAAAUUGUAUGGUCAACAGCCAACCCCAGCAAUGAAACUGCCCAUGGCCCAGUGACGGUGACUAAUGGAGUGGUUUUUGCUGGGUCAGUGGCCCCUUCAGGCCCAUUCUACGCAAUGGACGCAGAAACAGGGACUAUUAUAUGGACAUAUAACACCAAUGCCACCGUGUACGGUGGCGCAUCAGUGAGCUACGGUUGUGUUUUCUUGGGCCAUGGCUAUUCAGUGAGUUUAGCCAGGUUCCACCCGACGUGGACUCGAGGAAAUUCUGUCUUCGCAUUCUGCACUGUGUGAGGGUCUGUAUCCAACAUAUACGUGGAUAUAUCAUAUCAUAUAUGCAACGGCCAAUGCAAAGCCCAUUAAUAAAUAAAAUUCUUCC